AGAGUCGCGCGCCGAAUGAAUUCCCGCGUCUCGCCAGAAGAUGGCGCCUGCAGCUGCAUCAUCCAUUCAUUAAUUUUAGAAGCGCUCGUCCACGGCGUAAUACAACAAAGGUUUAGCCUCAGUCUCACAUAUCUGUUUUUGUACAACUUGCUUCAGUUCUGUGGACACACAUGGGUUUUUGCGAACAUGACAGCCAGAUUUCUUUCUUUUGGCGAAGAUGCCCAAGCUGGCACCUUCUAUUUUGUGGGCGUUAUGAUGGGCGCUUGUCAGCUUCUGUCUUUGUUAGAACUGUUUCAUAUUGCAGAUGGUUUUGAGGAGUGCAGACUUUUCCCUCGCUUUAUGCAGGUAAUGGAAAGAAAUGUCCUUCUGUUUCUCCUCAUCAGUCUGGAGGAGUUUCGGAGUAAACCGAUUGUGUGUGUGCAGUUUUAUCUGUGGAAUAUACUGGGCCUUCUAAGGUAUCCAAAUGAGUUAUUUUGCGUUAUAGGCACACCAUAUUUUAAAAUGCUAUGGGUGCAUCAAACACUCUCAAUCCCAGUGUAUUUGCUGUCUGCUGUCACAGAAGGAAUAAGCAUUUUGUAUAUGUUGCUGUACUUUUCUGAGUCUGAAGGAAUGGAUUCAGUGCGGCUUAAAGUCCCUGCAUCAAUGUACAUUUAUUCCCCAUACGUUCUUAUGGGUUGGUUGCUUCUUCUUGUAUUAGGAUCCAGUUUAACAGUAAUACUCUUGCUGAAGGAAAGGAAGCAAAAUCUGGAGAGCUGGAAUAAAAAACUGAAGAACGACUAACCAGAGAAAUUGUCUGUACAGGUCCUCCUAUUCACCAAAGCCAAAUAUUUUAUUCUUAGGGGUAUUAUGUUGGAGGCUGAACUCUUCCCUGUGUUGAAACACAAUUAUGUUUGAUUGUUUGUUUAAUGGCACAAUUAAAACAUUUUAUCUGUUACAGAACAAAUACAUUUGAACUGAAAAAUGUACAUGCUUUAACAAAAAUACAAGCUUCACAUUUCUGUUUUUUAAACAAUCAAAACAACUACUUAUCAAAUGUCAAUAUCUAAGUACCACCUAGUCACGAUAAUCUUCUGUGAUUUAAUUUUUCAUUGUGUUUAAGCACAGGCAACAAAACUUCGAACACCAUGCACAUGCCAUAUUUUGAUUAAUAAUGUUCCUGUAGGCAGGCAUUUGCAUAAUUUACAAAUAUUUGCAGUCCAAUUUAAACAUACAAAUAAAUUAUUCUACUUAAAAGAAAAAGUUGAAAAGUGAACUACAGACAUUGCAUAAAUUAUUGAUAGGCUACCAUACUGAGCAUUAAGUUGAUGUGUUUAUUUAGGUAUGCCUGCAAGAAAUAAGGUCAAAUAGAAUAAUAUCUUGCCUUUAAUUGUUUAUUUAUUCAUUUUAUUUUAUUUUUUUGCUCACAGAUUAUUAAUAAAACCAGCGCACAGCUUACAAACAUUGUUCAACACAACCUAUAAAGUAACUUAAAUUAUUAUUGUCAUUAUUAUUAAAAGAAGAUAAAUAACAGUAUAAUAGUAGCCUACUAAAAAUAA